GUCGUCGAGUGACCCAAACAUACACUCAUUGUUUCACUCAUUAAUCAGUCAAUGCUUUCAACAGUCGUUCACAACAUUUGCAUUGGUUUUGAUCACAAUUAACGAGAUCGUGAGAUGAGGACCAGAAAGACGAGUGACUCUUUGGCGAAGUCGCCGCCAAAGCCGGACAAAGUGUGCAACAGAUGUAAAAUACACGCAAAGACAUCACUCUUCAAAGGCCAUACUAACUGUCCCUUCAGUGCAUGCGAUUGUGUGAAGUGUGGCGACUAUAAGGAGAAGAUAAGACACAAGAAUGAGAGCGCGAAGAGACUCAGAAACAUGAGGAGUCAGCCCAGACCUCAACCCUCACACACCACCACCACAUCCAACAGCUCUCGCAAUAGUCAAUCGACACAAGUCUCCAGUCAGAGGAACAGACGAGAUGUUGACCACAAAACGAGUCCGAAAACUAAUGGAAAGACGGCUCGUAUGAGAGGUCGACCGGCGAGGAAAGUGCUGAAAACGGUGUCCCACGAGACUAAUGGUGCUAAUAAUGACGAGUCUCCCCCACAACUCAUAGCUCAACAGCCACUGAAUGGUGCGGUGGUUGAGAUGAAUGGCAAUAACGAGUCAGAAGUGGAAGUGGAGGCGCCGUCGAUGGUGACGGCGAAACCGUUUCUGUGCGCCCAAUACCUGAACGCAUGUCAGGACCUGUCGAGAGAGCUCGCGAAGACUCAGCUUUCCUCCGAUGAGAUAAUCGCUGCCUUCAAGUUCUCGACAAUAAGGGAUUGUUUGGGAAACACAGCGAUGGCCGCCGAGAAGAUUGCAUGCGGUAUGACUUGCAGUCCCUUUGACUUCUGGUAUGAAUACAAAAUACCUGUAAACCGAUGGCUCAAUCACCACAACAUUGAUGUCAAACUGUUUCACUUCAUUCCUCAGACUCUCACUGAAGGCUCGGACCGCGAACUUUGA